CAUCUGACAUUUUAGAAAGAUGCUGAUUGUUUUGCUUCAGGGGACCAGAGAGGAAGAUGAUGUUGUUAGUGAAGACCUCGUGGAGCAAGAUGCUCAAGACCUGUAUGACGCAGGAGAGGCACAGUGGGGCACAGACGAGGCCAAAUCAAUGCUGCUGGGAAACCGAAGUGUGACCCAUUUGCAGUUGGUAUUUGAUGAAUACGAGAAAAUUGCUGAGAAGUCCAUUGAGGACAGUAUUAAGAGUGAGCUCUCCGGAGACUUUGAAAGACUGAUGUUGGCUGUUGUUCAGUGCAUCAGAAGUAAGCCCAUGUUCUUCGCCAAAUGCCUUUACAAAUCCAUGAAGGGCCUGGGCACAGCUGAUAACACUCUGAUCCGCAUUAUGGUCUCCCGCUCUGAAACUGACAUGCUGGACAUCAGAGAGUGCUUCAGAUUGCGCUAUGAGAAAUCUCUGUACAAUAUGAUUCAGGAUGAUACAUCUGGGGAGUACAAGCGCACCCUGCUGAAACUGUGUGGAGGAGAUGAUGACAUUGCAGGGGAGUUCUUCCCAGAGGCUGCUCAGAUAGCCUACAAGAUGUGGGAAACCAGCAGCAUGACCAAAGUCCAGUUACGAGGAACUGUGCGACCAUAUCAAAAUUUUGACCCUGCAAGUGAUGCUAAAGCUCUGAGAAAAGCAAUGAAGGGAUUUGGAACUGAUGAAGAUACAAUUAUUGACAUUGUGACGCAAAGGAGCAAUGCACAGAGACAGGAGAUCAGACGGAUCUUUAAAUCUCUUUUGGGACGGGAUCUCAUGGCUGACCUAAAAUCAGAACUGUCCAAAAACCUCGAAAGACUCAUCCUGGGUCUCAUGAUGACUCCAGCAGAGUUUGACGCUAAGAUGAUGAAGAAAGCCAUGGAGGGCGCAGGGACUGAUGAACAUUCAUUGAUUGAGAUCCUGGUCACUAGGAGCAACCAGGAGAUUCAGGAGAUGUGUGCCGCCUAUAAGAAUGCCUAUAAAAAAAAGUUUGGAGGAUGCCAUCGCAUCAGAAACGUCUGGGAAAUUCAAACGGAUCCUGAUAUCUUUGGCACAGGGAGCCCGUGAGGAGGGCCCAGCGGGACAUGGCCAGGGCCUUGGAAGAUGCCCAAGAGUUGGCAGAUGCAUGCAAUUCAGAGUCCGAUGACAUGGAGGACAAGUUCAUGAGUAUUCUGUGCACAAGGAGUUUUCCUCACCUGAGGAGAGUGUUCCAGGAAUUUGUGAGGUGCAGCAACAAAGAUAUCGAACAGAUCAUAAAGAAGGAGAUGUCAGGAGACUUUAAAAAUGCCAUGUUUGCUAUUG